CUUCAUACACACCAAUCCUGCUCAAGCCUUCCAAAAUGGAGCACCUCUAUCUCUCUCUCCUCCUCCUCUUCGUCUCCUCCGUCACCCUCUCCCUCUUCUUCCUCUUCUACAAGCACCGGUCCCACUAUGCUGGCCCGAACCUCCCCCCGGGCAGCAUCGGCCUCCCGUUCAUCGGCGAAAGCCUCGACUUCCUCUCCACCGGGUGGAAGGGCCACCCGGAGCGGUUCAUCUUCGACCGGAUCGCCCGCUACUCCUCCCACGUCUUCAAGACUUCCCUCCUCGGGGAGCCGGCCGCCAUCUUCUGCGGCGCCGCCGGCAACAAGUUCCUCUUCUCCAACGAGAACAAGCUGGUGGUCUCGUGGUGGCCUAACUCCGUCAACAAGGUCUUCCCUUCCUCCACCCAGACCUCCUCCAAGGAGGAGGCCAAGAAGAUGAGGAAGAUGCUGCCCAACUUCUUCAAGCCCGAGGCGCUGCAGCGGUACAUCGGGAUAAUGGACGACAUCGCCCGGCGGCACUUUGCCAUGGGCUGGGAGGGCAAGGACGAGGUCACCGUCUUCCCCCUCGCGAAGCGCUACACCUUCUGGCUCGCUGCCCGCCUGUUCCUCAGUGUCGAGGAUCCGAGCCACGUCGCACGGUUCGCCGACCCGUUCCACCUCCUGGCAUCCGGCAUCAUCUCGAUCCCCAUCGACCUGCCCGGAACACCAUUCAACCGCGCCAUCAAGGCCUCCAACUUCAUCGGGAAGGAGCUGAGGGUGAUCAUCAAGCAGAGGAAAGUCGAUCUGGCUGAGGGGAAGGCCUCGUCGACGCAGGACAUACUCUCGCACAUGCUGUUGGCGACAGACGAGGAUGGGAAGCACAUGACUGAGCUCGACAUCGCGGACAAGAUCCUCGGCUUGCUGAUCGGUGGCCACGACACCGCCAGUGCUGCUUGUACUUUUGUCGUGAAAUAUCUGGCUGAGCUUCCGGAAAUCUAUGAACAAGUCUACGAGGAGCAAAUGGAGAUUGCGAAGUCAAAAGCUCCGGGGGAGUUACUGAAUUGGGAUGAUAUUCAGAAGAUGAAGUACUCGUGGAACGUGGCUUGCGAAGUCAUGAGGCUCGCCCCUCCUCUCCAGGGCGGGUUCAGGGAGGUCAUAAACGACUUCAUCUUCAAUGGUUUCUCCAUUCCGAAGGGAUGGAAGAUCUAUUGGAGCGCGAACUCGACCCACAAGAGCGCUGAGUAUUUCCCUGAGCCGGAAAAGUUCGACCCAACCCGGUUCGAAGGGGCUGGGCCAGCGCCGUACACUUUCGUGCCGUUUGGGGGUGGCCCGAGGAUGUGCCCGGGGAAGGAGUACGCUCGCCUGGAAAUACUCGUGUUCAUGCACAACCUGGUGAAGAGGUUCAGGUGGGAGAAGCUGCUUCCGGACGAGAAGAUCGUCGUUGACCCAAUGCCAAUGCCCGCCAAAGGACUCCCCGUCCGUCUAUACGCUCACAAAGCUUAAUCAAACUAAAAGUAGAGAGAGAGACAGACAUAGACAGAGAUAUCACAAGGAUAUCUACAUGUCGUCGCUAUAAGAUCAAUUUCAAGUGAGUCAUGCAUUGAAUAAAGGACCCAAUACAUGCGAUAAUGUAACUCUUUCCAUCUUCGUGCAUCAUGUCUUAUCUUCGGUUACACACACCUGUCAUUAGUUGUAAUCGACUGUGACUGUCGGCGAUAGGCUACGGAACCUCAAAAUGAGGGAUAUGUGUAUUUCUUUCGAUUACAAGGUUCAAACAUGUCAUGUGAUUACUAAAGUCUAGUUGUCAUGUGAUGUUUGGAUUUUAUCCCACGUUUUAAGCUUGUUUGAUAUGGGCCAUGAAUUACUUUUUUCUGGUUUGAA